GAUGCCGGGGCUCGCGCUACCGCCGCCGCGUCUGCUGGGGCUCUCGCUGCUGGUUGGGCCCCGGCCGCCGCCUGGCGCUGCUGCCGGGGCCGGCGCGGGAGGAUGCGGCGGUUCGCGCGGGUAGCGCUGCUGUGCCUGGGCUGUGGCGUCUGCUCGUUGCUGUACGGUUUCAGCCAGCUGGCUCUCUCCCUGGAGCAGGAGCCCCGCGGAGGCCGGGAAUGGCAGGCCCAAGACUCCGCCGCGCCCAGUGCCCGGCGGCAGGCGGGCGGAGGCCGGGUGGCGGCUGGGGGGAGCGCAGGAGUAGGCGAAGCGGGGGCCAGCAGGUGUAAGAAUGUGUCUCUAUCUUUCUGGAAUUCCUAUUGGAUGCUGCCCUCUGAUGUUUGUGGAAUGAACUGCUUUUGGGAAGCUGCUUUUAGAUACGAUUAUACGAAAACACAUCCUUCUGAGAAAAUGCAUCUAGCAGUGGUGGCCUGUGGUGAAAGACUGGAGGAGACUGUUACUAUGUUGAGAUCAGCCAUUAUUUUCAGCAUCAAACCUCUCCACUUUCAUAUUUUUGCUGAGGACCAAUUGCACGAGAGUUUCAAAGACAUACUUGAUGACUUCCCCUAUGAAGGAAAAGUUAAUUACACGUUAUAUCCAAUAACAUUUCCAACUGAGAGUGCAGCAGAAUGGAAGAAAUUAUUUAAGCCAUGUGCUUCACAAAGGCUAUUCUUGCCAUUAAUCCUGAAAAAUGUGGAUUCGCUGCUGUACGUUGACACCGACAUCCUGUUUUUGAGACCUGUUGAUGAUAUUUGGUCUUUUCUGGGAAAGUUCAACUCCACACAAAUUGCUGCAAUGGCACCGGAGCAUGAAGAGCCUCGUAUCGGCUGGUAUAAUCGCUUUGCUAGACACCCCUAUUAUGGAGUAACCGGGAUAAAUUCUGGAGUCAUGUUAAUGAAUAUGACACGUAUCAGGAGAAAGUAUUUCAAGAACGAUAUGACCUCCGUCCGGUUACAAUGGGGAGAAAUUCUUAUGCCACUGCUGAAGAAGUACAAGUUGAACAUAACGUGGGGUGAUCAGGAUCUGUUGAACAUUAUGUUUUUUCACAAUCCAGAAAGCCUUUAUGUCUUUCCUUGCCAAUGGAAUUAUCGGCCUGACCACUGUAUCUAUGGAAGCAAUUGUAAGGAAGCUGAAGAAGAAGGUAUAUUUAUUCUUCAUGGAAAUAGAGGUGUUUACCAUGAUGAUAAACAACCAACGUUUAGGGCUGUCUAUGAAGCAAUAAAAAAUUAUUCAUUUGGAGAUGAUCUGGUUCAUUCCCUGUUGCAGCCCCUCGAACUGGAAUUACAGAAAACCGUGCACACGUACUGUGGGAGAGUACACAGAGUGUUCAUAAAGCAGCUGACAAAAAGCAUAAGAGACUUGUAUGCCAGAAGAUCAAAGGGAAGGUGAUCUUUACUCCAAACUGUUAAAUCAAGAGAUUGAAUUAACAUACUGGUCAAAAGGUGCAAAAUUUCUAAUAUGGCUUGAAUCAGCUCUUAAUGUGGCCAGAGCUUACCUAGAAUGCAUAAAAAUGAAGAAAAUACUCAUGUAAUGAAGAACAGGACCUUUUUUCUGCAAAGGUGACUUUGCUCUUUUGAAGUUUAAUCACUGCUAACGUUUAUCUUGUAAUCACCCAGUGAGCUGGGUGUUACUGGCUUCUGUGGUCAGUAGUUUUAGUCUGCAUAAUUCAGUUCUCUAGUGAUCAAAUGAACAAGGAAGAAAUGAAGAUGGCUCUAUUUGGGAGUAUACCUCAUAUAUUGUCUAAAAUUCUGUUAAACUGUGAAUGUAGCAAUAAAUGAUUCAGCAGCGUUAACCUCACUUUAAAAGGUGUGAGCCUUUGUGUAAACAAAGUUGUUUACAAGUGCAGAAAAGACUGUUUUUAAUGAAAUGUGAUUGAUCAUCGACAAUCUGUGCCUUUGUCUGUUCAUCUCCUACAUGUUGAAGUACUGUUUUGACAAUCUUGCUUAUCUUGGAUAUAAACUGCACACUAAAUACAAGGAUCUGAGAAAUGAAUGACUAGUAUGUGAUAGUAGAUUUCUCUGUUUCUCGAUACAGAGACUUUUUAAUAGGCAGUAUUUGUUUCAACGCUGUUAAGCCAUUGUGGCCAAAAGGCAGAGCAGAGUUGAGGUUUGUUUUGUUGUGUUUUUAGGAAAAAUUCAGAUUGAAGUUGUCUACUCUACAUUAUUUUUUUUUCUGGUUACAUGAUUUUGUAGCUUUAUAGGUGUUACGAGCAUUUUGCAAGUAGGAAAAAAACCCAAACCCCAAACAGUGGAAAUUACUAAGGAUUAUGAUAGAAUCAUAGAACUGUUUUGUUUGGAAAAGACCUCCAUGAUGAUGAUUAUAGAGUAUUUAGUACAUGUAAGCAAAGAGCUGUAAUCAGAGUUCUGAUGCUUCAUCAAGCUGUAUAUCAGAUGGAUUUCUUAGGGUUUAUAUCCUGCUACCAUAUUUUUUUAAUAACGUGGCUUUAAAAGAGUUUGGGGGCAGACUCUCAACUACAUGAAUGCAUUGUUGUCAAUAGGGUGAUAGUGAUUUACAGCAGAUUAAGGAUUAGGCUUUAAUU